GUCCCACCACCACUGUUGGUGCCAGUUGCCACGGGCCCCGGUGAGCCGCUCCCGCCGCCGCGCCGCCCAGCUCGCUCUCCCCGGGCAGUCGCCGGCGACGGCCCCCGGUCUACUCUCUCAAGUGGCGUCACGGGGGGUCAACCGAGCCGCACCUCCGCUGCCAUCACCGACAGGCGCUCCCUCGUCUCGGCCCCACGACCACGACCACGACACCUCCUCGCCGCUGAUCAAGGUGAGCUCUGCCGCCGCAGACAAGUCUAUACUCGCACCUCCAUCUUGGUUCCGCUCGCACCUGUUACGCCGGAGUCCGAGCGGCAGCGCACCGAACCCACCGUCGCCGGCCAGGGCCACCACCGCAGCCCCCAACUUGUUCGUGCGAUGCGCGCGCCUCGAUUACAAAAUUGGGCCACGUCGGAUCGUCGAACGCCGCCGUGCCGUAGACCGUAGUAUCGCGGCACCUGGACGCCGCCGCCAGCGCCAGAGCCUCGCACGGGAAGGAGGCUGCCGAUCGUGUCAGGGUUCGGGAAGAAGGAGCUGAGGGUCCUCUAGAUGGAGUCAGAUGAUGAAUUCAAUCAAUUUGUAAUGAAUGAAUUGAUUGAUCCCUCCUCUUCAGAUGAUGAGAAUGAUUUAUUUUUUGGUGCGGCGCACAUGAUCAUUGAGGAUUCGGUUAAUAAUCCGGGUCGAAUUGGUUCAGUCGAGGGACAUGAUGUAGUGGAUCGUGAAAGACGGUUGUGGCAUGGUCUUCUUUACAAAGACUAUUUCUCAGAUAAACCUACAUUCGGACCAAAGAUUUUUAGACGCAGGUUUCGGAUGAGGCGACCUGUAUUUCUGCGCAUAAUGAAUGCUGUUGAGGAACAUGAUGACUAUUUUGUGCAGAAGAGGAAUGCAGCUGGUGUGCUAGGACUAUCUUGUUUGCAGAAGGUGGUUGCGGCUUUUCGGAUGUUAGCUUAUGGAGUACGGGCUGAUGCUUUGGACAAGUACAUACGUAUUGGUGAGAGUACAGCUCUAGAAGCUUUGAGAAAGUUUGUAGUGGCUGUUGUUGAGGUUUUUGGACCAGAGUACAUGAGAUUGCCCAAUGAACAGGAUACCGCUAGGUUACUUGCGAUUGGAGCGAGCAGAGGAUUUCCUGGUAUGCUUGGGUCCAUAGAUUGUAUGCAUUGGAGUUGGAAAAAUUGUCCAACUGCAUGGCACGGGAUGUCCAGGGGACAUAAAAAGGAGCCUACAAUUAUAUUGGAAGCAAUUGCAUCUACUGAUCUAUGGAUAUGGCAUGCAUUCUUUGGCAUGCCUGGUUCACACAAUGACAUCAAUAUUCUACAAAGAUCUCCUAUAUUUGCAAGGCUUGCUAAGGGGGAAGGUCUACAAGUAAAUUACAACAUCAAUGGCCAUGAUUAUUCAAUGGGUUAUUAUCUAGCAGAUGGCAUAUAUCCAUCGUGGGCAACGUUUGUUAAGACCAUUCCAGAGCCACAAGGAACUAAGGAAAAAUAUUUCGCAAAGGCACAAGAGGUGUGUCGAAAGGAUGUUGAUCGUGCAUUUGGGGUUCUACAAUCUCGCUUUGCUAUUGUUCGUGGGCCGGCUCGUUUGUGGGACGAAGACACGCUUCAUAAUAUUAUGAUGGCUUGCAUCAUAAUGCAUAACAUGAUUGUUGAAGAUGAGCGAGAGGAGCAAUAUGAUUACAAAUUCGACGACAUGGGUCAAUAUGUUUGCAACUAUGAGGACAUGGGAGAAAGGGUGUCAGUUUCCCAUAAUGAUGCACCUGAACUUGACGCUUUCAUUCAGAAUUACAAAAACAUCAAGAACAAGGAAACCCACGCUCAACUCAAGGCGGACCUGAUCGAGCACUUGUGGCAAAACCAUCCAGAUUUAUACUCCAUUGAAUAAAUAUUAGAGAUGUGAAUUUAUUUUAUGUGAGCUGUGAAUUUAUUUUGUGAGCUGUGAACUUAUAUGUGAGCUAGGAAUUCAUUUUGUGUGAGUUGUGAACUUAUAUGUGUGACCUAUGAAUUCAUUGUGUGAUCUGUGAACUUAUAUGUGUGACCUAAUCAAAGAGAUCCUACUUCCGCCUGCAAGCCAAUUAUGGGGAAAAAAA